AUGGCAGAGCCAAAGGCUGACGCAGCCGUCGAAGACCCCGUCGCGUAUCCGCCGCACCCGGAGCCCGAGGCUGUGCCCCAACCACACAUGCUGGAGAACAUCGAAGGCGUGCUGCCUGCGGUCGAUGCUGCGCUCGGCGUCAAGCACCCGCCGUCGAUCGAGUACAUCCUCGUUCGGCCCUUCUCGGCCCUGCGCAUCCCGGGCACCGACAUCGGCAUCUCGUACAACAACUACGGUCACUCGGCCGUUCGCUACACGCUCGAAGACGGGACUCAAAAGGUGAUGAACAUUGCUGGCUCAUCCGGCCUGGUGUCGUUCUUUACCCCUGAGGAGUAUAUCUUUGGCACAAACUCGCCGCAGGGUGGAAUCACCCAUCGCGACAUGGUCUCGGUCCGCGUCGAGAACAUCCCACCCGAAGCCGUCCGCGCCAUGGACGAGUACUACCAGGAGCUGGCCAGCCAAAACGAAAAGGGCCUUGCCAAGUUCAACAUCAUCUUGGGCCCGAUCCUCAAUGCUCUCCGCUUCAUCCUCCCCCGCAACUCGCUCGCCGUCCGCGGCAACUGCGCUUACUGGACUUCGUCGGGCCUCGAGAAGGCCGGCAUCGUCACCGGUCGCUCCAUGUGGCCAAAGUCCAUCUUUAUUGACAUUCUCGAAAACGCAGAGCACACCGCUGCUGCUUCGCACGACAACGUCCACGUUGUUUCCUACCGUCGCGACCGUGCCGCAACCCGCUCCUACGGCAUCGACGCGCAGCCCAUCUCGGGCGUCGCUCCCUUCCAGCCCAUCCGCUCCUUCUUCUACUUUAACCUCGAGUCGUUUGCGCACGCCAUCGUCUCGGUCCCGCUUGGCUCGGCCACCCCAGAGGUCCAACUCACCGACGAUGACGACCGCGCGAAGCCGAGCACGCUCCGCAACGUCGUCAACUCGCGGCCCGUCGCUAUCGCGUCCGUCAUCUCCUCCCUCAUCCUCAUCCGCUACGCUCUCCGCCGUCUUCGUUUCUAG